AUGCCUUUCGGCCUAAAGAAUGCUGGGGCCACUUAUCAGAGAGCGAUGAAUAAGAUGUUUGCAGGUUUGGAUUGUCUGGAAAUUUAUAUAGAUGAUGUGGUCAUUAAGUCACAGACCAGCGAACAACAUUUGGCCAACCUGAGAGAUACCUUUGUUAGAAUGAGAGAAAAUGGCUUGAAGAUGAAUCCUUUAAAAUGUGCGUUCGGUGUAUCAGCUGCGGGCCGAUUAAGAAGUUGGAGAACAUUACUGAAGGCCGGAGGAACAUCUCAGUUCGUUUGGACAGAAGAGCAACAAAACGUCUUCGACGAGAUCAAGACUUACUUAGUCAAGCCUCCAGUCAUGAUGCCCCCUAAGCAGGGACAGCCGUUAUUGUUAUAUAUUUCGGCAGCCCACGAAUCGUUAGGAUGCAUGUUGGCACAGGAAGAUCAAGGAGUCAAAAGAUCGGUUUAUUAUCUGAGUAAAAGCCUAACUGACACAGAAAUUCGAUAUUCUACUAUCGAGAAGCUAUGUCUAUGUCUUUAUUUUACAUGCUGUAAAUUAAGAUAUUACAUGCUUCCGGUAGUGGUAUAUGUUUUAUCUCAAACAGAUGUGAUCAAAUACAUUCUGUCUCGACCUUAUCUGAGAAAUCGGCUUGGAAAAUGGGCUAUUGCAAUGUCAGAAUUCACUUUAGUAUAUGUUCCACAAAAAGCCGUUAAGGGACAAGCACUAGCAGAUUUUUUAGCAGAUCAUCCCAACGUCCCGAUCAAGGAGGUAGCUUUCUUCGAUCUAAUUUCGUGGAAGCUUUGGUUUGACGGAUCUAAAACUAAUAAAGGGGCAGGUGCAGGGAUAUUAAUUGUCUCGCCGCAAGACUUGGUUUUUCGAAUGUCCUUUUCACUAACAUUCCAAUGCACUAAUAAUCAAGCGGAGUACGAAGCGCUGAUCAUUGGAUUGGAAGUCCUGGCCGAGCUAGGAGCUAAAGCGAUUCAAGUAAAAGGAGACUCCUUGUUAGUUAUUAAGCAGGUUAUUGGCGAAUUCAAAUGCGAAUCAGACGUCUUGAUUAAGUACUGCAAUAAAGCCAAACACCUCAUGGAUGGUUUCUCCGAAACAUGGAUAGAGUUCCCGGAAAGAGCAGAAAAUGAAGAGGCGAACAACUUAGCCCAACAUGGAAGUGGAUACAAAAUCAUGGCAGGUUUUGAGGUUAUUGAGAGAACAACGCCUUGUCUUCACACUGGGGGCAUAAUACCAGAUAAUUGCAGAUCGGCAUAUCACUUGGACACGACAGCCGAUUGGAGGAAAGAAUUGAUCGACUGGUUUAGACAUCCAGACCCGACGAAUCGGCGAAUCAGAAUGUUGGCCACCAACUAUGUGAUUCUAGCUGACGAAUUGUACAAACGAUGUCGUGAAGGUCUAUUGUUCAGAUGUGUAGGACCAAAAGAAGCUAUGUUGGUCAUGGCUGAAGUUCAUGAAGGAAUCUCGGGGGCACAUCAAGCUGGGCCAAGAAUGAGGUGGUUAAUACACAAAUACGGCUUUUAUUGGCCGAAAAUGGAACAAGAUUGUAUCCUGUACGCUAAAGGAUGUGAAGCUUGUCAGAAAUUUGGACCGGUUCAACACGUUCCAGCAGACGUAUUACAUUCGAUCAUCAAGCCGUGGCCAUUUAGAGGAUGGCCAGUAGACUUGAUCGGCAAAAUUUACCCACCAUCGGCAAAAGGACAUACUUUCGUGAUCGUUGCGACAGACUAUUUCACGAAAUGGGUAGAAGUCAAGCCGUUGAAAUCGCCAACACAAGACGAAGUAAUCAAAUUUUUCAAAGAAAAUUUGAUUCAUCGACAUGGUCUUCCAAAAACUAUUACGACCGAUCAAGGAACUAUUUUUACUGGAUCGGACACUAUAGCUUUCUCGAAAGAGUACGGUUUUAAAAUGAUACAUUCUACACCGUAUUAUGCCCAAGCGAAUGGACAAGCAGAAGCUACAAACAAAUCAAUAAAGAACUGUUUGUCCAAGAUGAUCGAAGAAAACCCAAACCAAUGGCAUAGGAUUUUGUCCGAAGUCGUUUGGGGGAACAGAAUAUCCCAGAAAUCAGCCACUGGCACAUCUCCAUUCCAUUUGGUGUAUGGGUAUGACGCAAUGUUGCCUAUGGAGCUCGCGGUACAUUAUGUACGACGAAAGAGACAACAUACGAUCUUAAAAGAAGAUUAUGCCGAUAAAAUGAUCUUAGAAGCAUUAGAUCUCGAUGAAGAAAGAUUGGAAGCACUUGACCAUUUAGAAGCGCAAAAAAGGCGAGUCGAAAGAUCGUACAAUAAACGAGUCAAGGGUAAAAUUUUCAAGGUUGGAGAUCUGGUAUGGAAAGCAAUUCUACCACUGGGUCAUAAAGAUCGACGUCUCGGAAAAUGGAGCCCAAAUUGGGAAGGACCAUUUCAAAUAAUACAAGUCUUGUUAAGUGGCGCUUAUGUCUUGACAGAUAUAGAUGGAGGGGUGCAUAACAGGUCAAUUAAUGGUCAAUACAUCAAAAAAUACGUUCCUAGUUGCUGGGAGGGUAUAAAUAAGGAAACCUUCCGAGACGAUAUGGAGUGA